AUGUCCUCAACCAACACCGAAGAACGUACCCGUAAGCUCUGGCAAGACAAGCAGCGUCAAGAGCACGCGAAGAUGCGUCUCUGCGAUGACCUGCAGCGCGAGGCCGUGACCUACAACAACAAGGCCCUCCACUAUCGGCAAGAGCGAGAUUUCUUCCAAUCAGUUCGAAAUGGCGUCCGUAGGCAGGAGGCUCAACUUUCGCUUGAACAAUGGUCAGCGCAUGCGGUCGGCAAACACUACGACCUUGGGAGGCAGAUCCAAAAGCUUGUCGUCAUCACCGCGGCCCGCAAGAAGCUUCAAGAACAGCUCGGGAUGCCUGCUACUGAGGAUGGAUAUGUUGACUGCGGUAAGCAUGCUGGAAUCGGCUUCGUCUUGUGUGUGCUCGUCGAGGUGUUACAGGCGCCAUAUCCAGAGAUGACGGGCAACUACCGGAGGGAGGAGUGA